GCGAGGUCGCACCGAAGAAAGGUCGCCAAAAUCCCGCGAAGAGAAGAAGGGGCGUCGAAGGCGGGAAGGCCGCAGUUGGGAGAGAGGUGGAGCCAGAUUGGGUGGAUGCAUAGGAGAGACAGGAGGAGGACGACGACUUCGAAGAAGUACAGGAACAAACUCUCGUGAGGAAAGUGAAGCAGAGAAUGGGGGGUGCGAUACGAAUCGAAAUGGGGGGUGUGGGCACUGCGGAGGUGGCUCCUGAUCAGCAGCAGAUGCCGUCGAGUAAGCGGAGCGAACAGGCUGUUGGCGUGGCUAGCAGUUCCCAAGCUGUGGUCGACCAGUCGACGAUGCCUUCCCCUGCGCCGCAGCCGCACGGGGGGGCAGUUCAGGGUGCGUUUGUCGUGGCGGACAUUGCGAAGGCGGGCGAUGGCGGGGCGGAGGGCGAAGACGACGAACCGCUAGUGAAGAAGCUUCGCGGGCAACGUCCAGAGGCGAAAGCGAUGGAGGUGGCCGCGAGGCUGUGGACCGACGACAUUCGGUUCUGGAAUCAAACGCGGGGAAAGGAAAUCAUCGACAUCAUGCACGAAGCCCGAGUUCACCUCUUUGAUGUGGCGACGGGGGUGCAGCCAUCGGCGAUCCGAAGGAGCAUCAGCCUCCCCCACAGUUCCAUUCCGCAGAAGAAGAUCGAAGACGCCUCGGAGUUGAGGGCGGCGAAGGAAAGGGCGUUAAAGGUGGAGAGCAUUGCGAAGAGGGCCAUCCAUGGCUGGAUUUUCAAGUCCGAUAACAGACACAAGGGGUAUCACUUGGUGUACCAGUACGCCUUGAGCCACGCGGCGACUGACAUGGCGAGAGCGAUGUGGGCAUCGGAGGACUGGCGUUCAUUAGUCAGCCCGAUGACGAUUCGAAACACGCUGGAGUUGGGUAUGAAGCUCCCUUUGUGGUUCGUCGGAGCGAACGUGGUGGACAGGCACCAGGAGGACGAGUGCGCGGCUUACCAGGAGGCCAUCGCUCAACGUUUGGUGCGCGAUUUCAUGAAUGUGGUGGAGGAGGCGCAGGCGAUGGACUCGGGGCGUGUGUCUUACAAGCGCCUGAAGUCCCUGGCGGAGGCGAUGAGGUACUUGCUGGCGGCGGGGGCGUGGAUAAUGAGGAUGGCUGGGGACGAUGCAAGAUCGCACUUCGACGCCUGGGUUUUCGUGCAGUUGACGUCGAAGACCACCCUUCUUGCCGCCAUGGAUCGCCAUUUUGACUCCCUUCGUCAUGUCUUGCUAGCCUCAACUGUGAUGACGGAGAAACUGGGAAGACCGCCUCCGACCUUCGCUCCCCCCCCACUGUACAUCCCCGACUGGGCAUCGAAGUGCGGCGUCACGUUCAAUCACGACGCGACUUUGCACUCCUCGAUGGAAGCAACGAAGACGGAUUGGCUCGGCACAUGCCCCCCUGAGGAGGAAGACUCGGACGAUGACGAUGUUGAUGGCGCCGAGGGCGGGCGAUCGUUCGUGAAAGGGUUUAGUAAACGUCGAGGGCUGGGGUGCGUCAUCCAUGUGCACAAAGAUCAUGUCGAUGGGGGAAGACGAAGACAAAGGUGAAGAUGGUGGCAGUGCAACAUGGACUGGAUCGCCAGAACGAGACCCCCUUUUUUGGAUGAUGACUUCGACGACGAAGAUGAUGAUGGCAACGAGGGCGGGUAUGUGCAGCGGGGAGACUGUAUCGAUUGCCGUCACGA